AUAACGAUAACGCUUCAGCUUAGCCGGCUAGACAGAUAAAGAAAGUCCCUCGUUUUUAUGAAAUUGCCCAAUACAGUCUGGUUAGUAUCAGAUCCUUGAUCAAUAUUAUCGCUAUCUAUUGUUCUUCGUCCCCUUGAAGCGUUUGUAAUUCCACUAUCUAGUCCAGUGUUAUCUCUCCUAAUUCAGCAUUGUGCAAGUACAACAUUAUGGCGCAAUAAUCCCAAAACUCAAGUACAGUUUAUUUUAACUGGCCCGGGGGGGCUGUGAUCUAGUUGUGGUUUCGUAUCCGUAUCGCAAACACCUCCAUAAUCUGGUGUGCUCUCUGUACAGCACACAUGCAUGUAGCGACCAAUGUGACAGAGUCAACUAUUUGAGGCAGGAUUGUGUUUCCUGUAGUCUUGUGCUCCACGUUUGAGGCACCACAUCACUGACAGUUUUGGAGCGCUUUCGUGGGAACUUCACAGGGUUUUGUUCCGAAGUUUGUGUUUUUAUGCUUGGCACCUCUCGUUCUUCUGUGUGCUUGUAAAAGUUUGCUUCAAAUCACAAGUAUUGAACUCGGGAAUCGUCCAUAAGUUGUCCAAGUUGUGCGUGACAUCGUUGAUUGUGGUUCAAGUGGGGAAAACGUACAUUUUCUGCUGAACUUUUGAUGUGGUCCUUUGACUCCUAGAGAAAAAUCCCGUUAGUCAUCUGCUGGUUUUCUUGAGCUGAACUUUUCUGCCUUCCAAAAGAGAGAUAGAUGAAUCACUACACUGCACUUCCAAGCCAUUACCUUGUUCAGUUCGUUCACGGUCGUAGAAGUAGUUGGAUUUGCUGUAUGGAUUCUGUGACGAUUGGUAACAAUGGUUGAAAUUUGGCGUCAAUUGAUAUUGGUCAGUAGGAAACUGACCAAUAAAUACUCAAGAAAGCAAGUGACUUACACCCCGAGCUACUACACUGAGUACCUGCCCGCGCCCUCGUCUCUGAACGAUGCCCGUAAACGACGCGAGACGCGAAGACACGUAGCAGUCAUGGUGGUGGAACGACUGAAGUCGUUAGUGGCUGACGCCUUCUACAAGCAUGGGCAGUUCUGCAGCGCCCACCCAUGGCCCGUCAUUGCGUUUGUGUGCGCUGUGAUCCUCGUUGCCAGCUACCCCGUGGCCAACCUCCCCAUGCCCGGUACCGCCCCCAUGGAGUUCUCAUCCACGGUCCAGGGCUUCAGUGUACCCCUACAGCGCUCCAAAGGACCCAUUCAAGACCCUGGGGUGGAGGGCAUCGUGGCCCCUAGAUGGUUUUCGGGUCCACCAGUCGGCUUCAUCCAGCAGUUUGUCAUCAAUGCGACUGUGUCACCAUGGCAACGGGGUUUAAUUCCGGAAGAUGCGUUCCGUGCUCCUUUGUCCAAGGCAUUUGAACUCCGGAGGGACAUCGAGGAGUUUGAAACCACAGCAGGGAAAUCAGUGCGGAGCUUUUGCCUGUACGUGAUGGAGCCGGCCGAUGAUUGCAAGGAGGUCCUGCCCAGGCAUAACUGCCUCAUGGUCUCGCCGGCCAACGUGUGGGGCGACAACGCCGAGAAGUUCCGCCAAGACGCGAAGCUGGUUAACUCCAUCUUUGAGACGCAGGGGAGCAUGGAGGCUAUGCCGAGCAUCAAAGAUCUUCUGUUUGGGGUUCCGUCUAAGUACACCGGCAUCAAUCGCUUCUACAUGCGCAGUCGUCAGCGCCAGAUAUCCUUCGCCAUCACAUUAGUCUUGCAGACUUACGACCAGACGUUUGUCGACGGUCUGAAGGCUCACUUGCUGCUCCGGCACGGUGCAGGGAAUGUACAGCAAGAGGACAAGGAAAGGGAACAGAUCGUUCAUAUUUAUUACCAGGAUGAGAAAGGUCUUCUUGAAUUGUCUCCCUUGAUCAUCAUCUACGUCUUGCUGCUUCUCUACAUCUACUUCUCAAUCAGUAAGAUUGAGAUGGUAGAGUCCAAGUGGGGUAUGGCGUUUGCUGCAGUCAUUAUGAUCAUGUCUUCUCUCUCUAUGUCUGUCGGGAUCUGUCUCGUGUUUGGCCUCACCCCCUCCCUCAAUGGCAGUGAGAUUUUCCCAUACCUUGUUAUCAUCAUCGGUUUAGAGAACAUCCUCGUCUUCACCAAGUCUGUAGUCUCCACUCCAGUCCACCUGGCCGUCAACAUCAGGAUUGCGCAGGGUUUGAGCAAAGAGGGCUGGUCCAUCACUAAGAACCUGUGUGCGGAGUUGGUGGUGGUCUUCAUUGGUUUCUUCACUUUUGUUCCCGCAAUUCAGGAAUUUUGUGUCUUUGCCUUGGUGGGCCUUCUGACUGACUUCUUCCUUCAGAUGUUUUAUUUUGUCCCGGUUCUGUCCGUUGACAUCCGAAGAAUGGAGCUAUCGGAUCUGAGCCGCAACAGCGUCCGGCAAGAACUUGCCGCGGCAGCCAACGCGGAGGCAGAACGACCCCUGACCCCGACCCAAGGCCGUCACAUGACCCGCUCCAAGUCAGCCCCCAGGUCGCUGAACAAGCUGGGCUACCGCUCGACACAGACCCCACUGCCGCUGCACACGACCAGAAGCCGCAUCCCGCGCCGGCUGAGGUUCAUCUAUUUCUGGGCCAGCACCAGACUGAUGCAGAGACUAAUUAUGGCUGCAUCUAUCGUAUGGAUCAUCCUCACCAGCAUGUUCAUGUACAAGUCCGGUCUGGUGACACACCUCACCGACACCAGACUAAACCAGUCCGCCCCCAUGGAACUCCACAAGAUCAUGACGCUUCAGCACCAGGCCCCCAAAUUGCCCCUCGCGGCCCCGCCCCUUGAGAAGGACCCUCCGGACCCUGCACAGACUUCAGGGGCCGUAUCGUCCGACGUAGACUCGAAGGAAAAAUCUGGGAUGGAAGCGAUCAUCGAUCAGAUUAGGAGUCUGAUGGAGGGGAGCAGUAGCUGGUCUUGGCAUCAGGAGAACGCAAGGAGGAUGGGCCAGCAGAGUGACUUGUGGAGGAAGCUUUCCCUGUGGCACUGGCCGGCGCUGUUUGAGUGCUACAAUAUGAGUCUGCAUGGAAAAUACAUCAGCAUCCUCCCGCCCUCCUACCUAAACAUCAACAUCGACCCAGACGAUGCCGUGGCCCUACGCCACGACCGCGAGAAAGAGCGCGCCGCCAAGUGGUUCGGCAACUUAGACCCGGACUCCCGCGUCCUGCCGUACAACCCGGACUUCUACACGGAGUGGAUCGACGAGAAAGGCGUGGUGCACACCGUCCCUCUCUACCGCGCCUCCAAGUUGGACUACUACAUGACCAUGACGUUGGGGAUCUUGAGCGGAGCUUCGUCGGUUAUCCUGAUCAUUUUGCUCUUCAAGUGUGCGGUGCUGGUGCGCCUGCGGCGGGCGAGGUACAAGAAGGGAAAGCACGAGGAUAUUCUGAAGAGGGUGGUCAUGAAAAAGUCGUGCGAGUCGGUGCCCUGGGUGCUCAUGGGACACCAACAGGAGAUUGAAUGUUUAUCCAGUGAGGGGGCGUGGAUUGCCAGCUGUUGUUUGGGGGGUGAAAUCCGCAUCUGGGACGGCAGUAGCGGAGAGUGUACCAUCUGCAUCGACAGACACAGUUACUUCAAGACAAGGAGACGUCUUGGCAGUAGUAGCACCAGGGUCCGUCGCGGCUCAGGGGGAGCAGGAGCUUACGCGAGACCCCCGAGCUUGAGUGAUGUCAGUCCCCGGGAGAAAUCCAACACCUACCCCAUCAGCCGUCGUAACGGCUACUCCCAAAACCAGGUGGACCUCUCUGGAGCCAUCUCAACCAACUUCAGCUCCAGGAGCUCCUUGGACGUCGGAAGCAGUUGCCAAGACGACAGAUUGUCGUCGGGAGUGUACAGCACGUCAACUGGCUCGCAGAGCACGGAGCACGACCUCAACAGCUGCGUGGGGACUCCGCAAAGUGCUGGGAGCGGCUACGACUUCCGGACGCUCGUCGAUUCGUACUUGAUGCAGGAGCAGUAUCGCUAUGGCAACGGCGCGUUCGAGGACGAGGAUGAGGGUUUGGAUGACGUGUAUCCCAACUUGCCCUCCCCUCCCUGCAGGUCUGGAUCGCAGAACCUCACCACCAUCAACGAACUGGGGAACUUCAGACCCCGCACCGGUUCCACCGGUUCCAUGGGACUGAGGUUCGAAACCAACCAGAGUCCCCGGGAUGGGUCCAGUCGGAGCCCCACCCAGUACGCCAGCCAGAACCGUUUCUCGUUCGAUGAGGGGUUUCUGAGGCAGGGCGGGGCUGGCGAUGCAGGCAUGACGUCCCCCUUGGAUGGGGUUCAGCCGCCCCCGAUCUGGUGUAUGGUGUGCAGCGAUCACAUGGUUGUAGUGGGAUGCAGUAGUGGAAGAAUAGAGAUGUGGGAUCCAGGUUCGGGCUUCCUGCUGGGCUCCUACGAGGAUAACCCCAUCGGUGCGACUGGUCUGAGUAUCACUGGUAGCCACCUGGUGGUCGCCAGGCUCAAUGGCAGCCUGGACUUCCUGGAUCUGGUCACCCAUCACUCCGUUCACAUCAACCAGGCCAUGAUCGGGGACUUCCUGGCCGGCAACCAAAGGGGCAAAAUGAGAAGUUUUUCGUCGUCAGAGUUUGUGCCACUAGGGGGCGCUAUCUUCUGCUCGAAGCAAGCGUCGGUGCAGGCCCACCAGCAGCCAAUCAACGAGGUGCAGGUUGCCGGGGACCAGGUCGUUACCGCCAGUCAGGAUCACACUCUCAAGGUGUUCCGAUUGGAAGAUUCUCUUUGCACCUACACCUUACGAGGCCACACAGGCAGCGUGACUACGCUCUACGUAGAUAAACACAACUCGUACCAGAUUGCCAGCGGAUCGGACGACGGCAUGGUUCGUCUCUGGGACACGCUGACCGGCGUCUGUCUCCACUCCCUGUGGGGCCACGUCAGCACGGUCCUCUCGGUCACGCUCAGCCAGGACCACGUGAUCAGCGUCGGCAUGGACAACCGGCUCUGCGUCUGGAAGCGCAGGCGCGGCCGCAUGAUCCACGUCAUACAGCUGGACCCAGGCUGCAGUGGGACUGUUGUCACUUUGUCCAAUAAUCUCAUGGUUACUGGCGGGCAGGGCUAUUUGGCCGUUUGGGACAUUUUCCACGGAGAGCCCAUCAGGGUCGUAGAGCUUGGCGGAGGGGAGCAGGCAGUCCGGCAAAUCGUGGUCACCGAUCGGGGUAGAGCUGUGGUCUGCGACUACGGACAUGAGCUCCGAUUGGUGACCUUCCCAUCUACACUCAAGAAGACUGAUUGAGAAUGUAUCCCCUUUGAGAUAGUAUUCCAUGUUUAGUAUCCUGUGAGUUAGUAUUCCAUUUGGGGAUUUUUUUUAAUUGGGAUAUCCCCAAACAGGAGUCAUAGACUACAGCCAAUGAAGAUAAUAUAUCUUGUUGGGGAUAUCUUUUAGAAUAUCCCCCAAACUGGACCUUGUUUUAAUAGGGAAAUCUCUCCAUUUGCUUGAGCUCAUGAGACCAACCCGCAUUAACAGAAGGUGGUGGGAUAUACCCUAAACGGGGUAGACCACCCGCCCGAAGGAGGUCUCCUCUGUGAAGCAUUGUUUUGUCUUACUGACUGAGAGAGUGCAAUUUUUUUUAAAGGUUUUUCCCUUUCCAAAUAAAAGUGUUUUUUAAUUUUGUUGUACAGUUCCUUACGUUUGGUUCCAAGAAAAAAUACAACAGAAAAAAUGACCGGUUAAAAACGCACUGAAAAGCCAAACAGUUUAAGCAGGUUUUAACGGUUCGUGCCUUGCUUUAAACUUGGGUUUAUGCUAGUUAACACUGGCUUAACGUGGUUGACUGUUCUCUGUGGUUUUUGGUUAAUUGUGCUCAAGUUUAAUGCACUGUGCUAGCUUUUUGAGGUUGUUAACCCAAUAAUUGUUGAUAGAGAAGGCUUAGGAAAUGUUUUCAGUCAUUCAGUACUCUGCAGUGACUUUUACUUGGUAUGUAGAUGUUUUUUUUUAAAGGAUUUUGUACGAAACGUCCGAUAUAUUGAAUACAUAUUUUCCUUGUGCUUGUAGAUAGGCUCAGAAAAAGUGGAUAUUUCUCAUUUUUAACAGCUUUUUUUUUUUUAUUGUGAGAAAUGUGGCUAAUGAUGAAGGAACCGUUUGUGUGGAGCAUUUAUCAGCUUUUUUGAAACUUAAUUUUAAAGUUGAACAAAAAAAAUUGACUUUAGCUGGGUUUGAACCCGGGACUUUCGGAUUGCCAGUCUGUGGGCCACGGGUUCGAACCCCGAUCCAGUCAAUUUCUUUGUUGGACUUUAAAAUUAUUUGUAUGCACCUAUUCAGUUUUGUUGUUUAUUUAAAAAUGGUUUAUAAAUAUGAUAAAAGAAUUGAUUAGUAGUAUUGGAAAUGAAAUUCUUCGAUGAGAAUUGAUCAAUACAGCGUGGGCGUCGUGGGUAUCCGCAAUGGUGAUUUAACUGUGGGCAUGAUUUACAUAAAAUGAAUUCAUGAAUAAUAAUACACGACAUCAUCUCGGGGUUUUGACCAAUGAGCACUGUCUGCAUUGUAAUGAAUUAUGCAUGUGAUGACAUCACAGUAAAAUUGACCAAUGAGUGCCCUCUAUUGCGAAUUGAUGAUUUUGAAAUAUUGAAAUGCCUUAUGAGUAUGUACAGUUUGUAUAUCAGGUGUUGGAGAAAGUGUUUUGGAAAAUAUAUAAGGAGUGAACAAAUGGUGAAAUAUGUUAUGAUGUAAAUAUGGGUUAUAGAAAGACGUAUAUUCUCUAAACCCUUGAACUAUAAUCUGCACGUCCGAAUUUUUUUGGCAAAAUUUCUGCUAAAUGUCGAUUGAUUUUUUCCUGACAUGCUUUUGCAGAAAUGCUGUUCCAACUUGGUAGGAAACUUUUUGUUACUUUUUUUGGUUAACAUUACGUUGUUGUGUCUAUAUGCAAUUUGUGGUGCUAUGAAAUAUGUUAUAAAAUUACAUAAUUCCCAUGUACAUACAAAUAAUCCGAA